UCUCCCUUGCCCUUUGGAACCAAAACCUGGGAUUAGGGCCGCUUCUGCCUGAAACACGGCUUCUGCCUGGGGCCAAAAUACAAAAAUAUGAUGAUUUUCAGCAUUGAUGCUCUUCUACUGCAAUUUCCCUCCCCAAGAUGUCUUCAAACUCCAAUCCGCAGCUUCGAAUGCCGGGGUUCAAUGUGGAUUUGAACUGUGAGCCCAAGAGAAAUAUUUUUGGUAUGAAAAUCAAAGGGUUUCGGAAUGCUCUAGAUAAGGAUCAUCAUGCAUAUGGCUGCAUGUAUAACUUGGUUACUCGCCGAGAGAUUCUCAUGAUGGGAGUCAUGAAUACCAUCACCGAUCAGCCCGAAUGGGAUCGAAAGGUCUUUGAUGAGGAUAUCACGGCUGAAUGGCGGGAGGAAAUCGUCCAAAGCGGACAAGACGUGACUCCGAAGAUGAUGGAUUGGAUCAUCAAAGAGCUUCAAUGGAAAGCCGGCAUUUUCAAAGAGAGAGGCCUUGUUCGUGUCUUUGAUGUGGGUGUUGUUAAGUCCGAUACCGCCGUGUCGAAAGAACUACAGCAGGCAUUAAAAGAGUCCGUCAAUCGUCUCGAGAACAUUCCAGAGGACCAGAAAGACUAUCACCCGGGAUCUGACAACAAGGUGGUCAAUCUAGUGAACCCCUCACUAUUCCCAGUGGUAUACGGCCAGACUCGUGUUCUCGCAAAUAGUACCAUCGGUCUCGAUGACUGCGUAAGCAGCGUCGGACGGGGGGACUUGAUCCCCGUUCCCUCUAGCGAGAACUGCUGUUUGCCUACCGAAUACAAUGACUUUCGAUCUAAUGUUGCGGAGAUGAAGACUCCAGUCUUCAGCGAAAAGUUCCAAUGGCUCCCAUGUGACGUGGAAUUCACUCAUGACACCGGCUGCAGAAUUGUCUCGUAUAUCAACAAUGUCCAUCCCGUUGACCAUAAAGGGCUGUAUGACGUGGUUGGGAAAAUCAUCGCCCGCAUAAUCCCACUCUGGGAUCAGAGUUUGACAGAAUUCUAUAGCUACAGAAUCAAUUAUCGGGAUGUCAAGUACGGUAGACAUACGAGGCCUAUGCCGGUUUGGCCUGAGAGAGACAACAAAAACGCAUAUAAAUAUGUCGAGGAAGAAAUCGAAGAAUUCGACAUCGAAAACGAGGCUGAAGAGUCAUUCUGGGAACGCAGAUGGCAGUGGGAAAUAACCCGUCCUAUCUUACUUCCUGAACCGGAAGAAUUCGCUUUCCCUGGAGAAUGGCGCAGGGUCAAUCUGCGGAACCAAUUCCCCGAAACGAAGCUGCAGGUCAUUGUGAAGUUGGCCAAUAUCGAAUUGACCACUAACAACCCCGAGUAUGAAGGAGGCUCGUGGCACCUCGAGGGACAGCUAAACGAGCGUAUCUGUGCCACCGCGAUCUACUACUACGACAGCGAAAACAUCACCGAGAGCACCCAAGGUUUCCGUCAACAUGGAAUGGACACCAUGAUAAAUAUGAGAUUCCAAUAUGGACAGCACCAGUUUCUACAAGCGGUAUACGGCUUUGGCGACGAUGUCCAGGGCAGCGGCAGGACUAAUGUGACACAAAACCUUGGCGGAGUGGUCUGCCAGGAAGGCCGACUCCUCACGUUUCCCAACACCGUCCAGCACCGAGUUUCCCCAUUCUCGCUGGCCGACCGAUCUAAGCCUGGCCAUUGUAAGAUCCUCACAUUGUUCCUAGUGGAUCCUCAUCGGCGGGUUAUCUCCUCUGCCAAUGUGCCUCCGCAGAGGGAGGACUGGGGUGGCGAGAGGCAGCAGGUUGUGAAUCAAGUGCUGUCAAAACUGCCGUUGGAAUUGCAGAAUAUGGUUGAAAGCGACAUCAACCACCCAAUAACCAUGGACGAGGCUAAGGCGCACAGGUUGGAGCUUAUGAAAGAGCACGGGCGGAAAUCGGAGAUUCAUAACUACAACUUUGAGAUGGGCAACUUCUCCCUCAGAUAGGGGAACUUAAAGACGAGUUCAAUGGAAA